AUGGGUAAUCUAUUCGGUUGUGUACAAGUUGAUCAAUCCACAGUAGCUAUAAAGGAAAGAUUUGGUAGGUUUGUGGAAGUUCUUGAGCCAGGAUGCCAUUGCCUGCCUUGGUUUCUUGGGCAUCAGAUUGCUGGUCAUCUCUCUCUUCGUUUGCAGCAAUUGGACGUGCGCUGUGAGACCAAGACAAAGGACAACGUAUUUGUCAACGUCGUUGCAUCUAUUCAAUAUCGUGCUCUGGCAGACAAAGCAAAUGAUGCCUUCUACAAACUCAGCAACACAAGGUCUCAAAUCCAGGCCUAUGUUUUUGAUGUCAUUAGAGCUAGUGUUCCAAAGCUCAACCUGGAUGCUGCUUUUGAGCAAAAGAAUGACAUUGCAAAAGCUGUAGAAGAUGAGCUUGAGAAAGCUAUGUCUGCUUAUGGUUAUGAGAUUGUACAAACGCUCAUUGUUGACAUAGAACCAGAUGAGCAUGUGAAACGGGCAAUGAACGAAAUCAAUGCUGCUGCAAGAAUGCGGGUGGCAGCUAAUGAGAAGGCAGAGGCAGAGAAGAUUUUGCAAAUUAAGCGGGCUGAGGGUGAGGCCGAAUCCAAGUAUCUCUCUGGGCUGGGUAUAGCUCGCCAGCGUCAAGCAAUUGUAGAUGGUUUGAGAGACAGUGUGCUGGGCUUCUCUGUCAAUGUUCCAGGGACUACUGCAAAGGAUGUCAUGGACAUGGUCCUUGUGACUCAGUAUUUUGACACCAUGAAGGAAAUUGGUGCUUCCUCUAAAUCCUCUGCCGUGUUUAUUCCCCAUGGACCUGGUUCUGUCCGUGAUGUAGCUUCUCAGAUUCGUGAUGGACUUCUUCAGGGUUCUCACCAGUAG